ACCGUAUUUUUCUGAUGGUACACUGCAAAAAAUGCUCCAUCCGGUUUUUUUCCCCCUUCACUCAAACAACCAACUCAGAAACAAAGAAGUUUUGGCGAAAAGUAAAGCAGCAUCAGCUGUGCAGCUCAGAUGUCGUGUUUGCUGGUUGGUCCCUCCGGCGCCCGUGUCCCUCUGGAGGACAGACGAGCUGUGAUUCUGGGCCGGGGGCCGGACACCGGGGUAGCGGACAAGAAAUGCUCCAGGCACCAGGUGAAGGUGGUGGCUUGCUAUGCAGACCAGGAUGUGGUUGUUACACAGCUGGGUCCCAAUCCCAGUUUCUUGGACGAUAAGAAGCUGGGUAGAAACCAGUCAGGUAAACUCACCCAUGGAGGCACCAUCUUCCUGGUAGAUCAGAAGUACCCAUUUAAACUGCGCUAUUCUGUGAGCCCAAACGGAACAGCCGCCAAUGAAUCACGCAAAGGACUUAAAGCCACGGAUAAGACGAAAGGAGGAAGAAACGGGCAAGAAAAAGAGGCACAGUCAAGUCCAAAUCUCAAGCGCAGUAUAAAGGAUUUCUUUUCUACCUCUCCUACGAAGUCGUCUAAAAGAAAGCUGAGUCCUGAGAGGGGCAGCCCUGAAGUUAAGCGCCAAAGGAGAGACAAGGAGGCCUCGGAAAGACAGAUGAAGGAACACGAAGAGGAUGAUGAUGAGGAGGAGAGAAUGGCUGAGGAAAAGCUCAAGCAGUGGCAGUUGUUGGCAGAGAAGUCAACAGCAGAGAUGAGUACGCAGCCUUCAUCAUCUUCAUCGUCUGUAAAAGGCUGUCUCAAGAGCAACUGGCAGCAGAUUGGCAAUCUGAUGCUUUACACUGCUGCUGGUGUCAAAGGAAGUGACAAGAUCGCUGGGUUUGACAUAGAUGGCUGCAUCAUCACUACCAAGUCUGGUAAAGUUUUCCCCACUUCACCAGAUGACUGGAGGAUUUUGUAUCCUGAGAUUCAGCCCAGGCUUGCCAGCUUGCUUAAGAAAGGAUACAAGGUGGUGUUCUUCACUAACCAGAUGGGGAUUGCUAGAGGCAAACUGAGACCAGAAGUCUUCAAGUCUAAAGUAGAAGACAUCCUCACUAAGCUGCAGCUACCUGUGCAGGUGUUUGUAGCAGCCGGCCCUGGUUUAUUCAGGAAACCAGUGAUGGGAAUGUGGAAUCACUUGUGCGACAAGGCGAAUGAGGGCGUGACGGUUGAGAAGAAAGAGACUUUCUAUGUGGGAGAUGCUGCAGGUAGGCCGGAGAACUGGGCUCCAGGGAAGAAGAAGAAGGACUUCUCCUGCAGUGACAGACUAUUUGCUCUGAACAUUGGGUUGCAGUUUCACACCCCAGAGGAGUUUUUCCUGGGAUGGAAGAGCGCUCCCUACAGCCUACCUCAUUUUGACCCUAGGAAAAUCGACUCCACUGCAAGGCUUUACGACCCGCCAACUGCCUCAUUAACUUCCAGCAAGACAGAAGUCAUUGUUGCUGUGGGCUUCCCUGCAUCUGGUAAAUCCACCUUCUUCCAUACCCACAUCGUUCCUAAAGGCUAUGUUUACGUCAACAGGGACACACUCGGUUCGUGGCAGAGCUGUGUGACAUUAUGUGAGCGUUCCCUGAAGGAGGGCCGCAGUGUCGCCGUGGACAACACCAACCCAGACCCAGAGUCUCGCAAACGAUAUGUGGACAUCGCCAAGGCAGUCGGAGUGCCGUGUCGCUGUUUCCACUUCUCUGCCUCUCUGGAGCAAGCCAAACACAACAACAGAUUCCGAGAGAUGACUCCAUCAGAAAGCAAACACAUGAAGGUCAAUGACAUGAUUUUCCACAGCUACAAGAAACACUUUCUGGCUCCUGCUCUCUCCGAGGGAUUCUCCGAGAUCCUCCAGAUCCACUUUGUGCCGAGCUUUAAAGACAUGCAAUCAGAGAUCCUGUUCAGGCAGUUUUCUGAGGGCUGAUUGGACGAUUGGACUCACACCGAUAACAGCCAGUGAAGCAGCUGAGGUGGGAGAUCUGACAUUUGUGCAGCGCUAUUUGUCAUGGCUCAGUAUUAUCGUAUCGGAAUGGCUAACUACAACAAUGACGUAGGACUUGUAACGGUAACUAAACUUGAAUAAAUUCAGUGUUUGAUCAGCUUUACAUUAUUAUGUCAAUGUACUGAUAUAUUUUUCACAUUAUAUAUCUGCAUAGGUUCAUGCAUAUGUUGAGUUUAGAAACAAUUAAGUGUUAAAACAAGAUGAAUCAUUUUGUAUGUUGUGUACAAUAAAUACGUACUUUUGUUUGAAUCUCCAGUCUUCUGUUUGACAAUAAAGCUUUGGAACACUUGA